AACACACGCAACAGCCAUAUUGGAAAAGAACAUUUUGCAUAUUCAUAAUUCAUUGAAAGAAAAACAGAAAAUACACACCUGCAAAACAUCUUUGACAUGCAAUCAGCUUCGCCACAACCAAGUAUGCCACGUGUGUCAUUACUUCGUGCCCGUAUCACUGUUAUAAUUUUAUUUUUCAUCAAUUUAUUGAACUAUAUGGACCGCUUCACUGUUGCAGGUCAGUAUUUUGUUAUUGGUGAAUGACGUUUGCUACAGCAAACAAUUCACACUUGAAAUCACAUGCUUUUUUUGAAAUGAUAUAAUUUUGUUAGUAUUCCUUUCGAAAGUACUGUAAAUGCGUUUUCAUUUUCGAUAUUUAUUGUCGUGGAUGAUCGACCUGUGAAUUUUUACACAAUAUGCCCAAAAUAUUAUUGUUGAAAACUGCUUUUCACAGACUUCCUCAAGGGUGACAGGACAUGCCAUCCAUCUGAUGUAUCAUCCAUUUAAUGGGUCAUGCGUUGUAGUGUAUUGGAGAAGACAGACUAUUAAGCCCCAUUUACACGAGCAAAUUUUAUUUGACAAAUUUCAUGUGUCAAAGAUAUUUUGCUCGUGUAGAUGAUAAGUUUGUGACAAAUUUAUUGUGACAAAUGCAUUUGAACAAAAGCUAGCAUGUUAGCUUUUGAUCAAAUGCAUUUGAUCAAAUGAAAUUUGUCAAAUAAAAUUUGCUCGUGUAAAUGGGGCUUUAGGGAUAAGCCGAUCAAGACAAAUCGGUUUUACUGAUCCAAUAAAUUCCGAUCUGAUUUACCAUCCGAUCGGCCGGUUUAUGAGUGGUUUAUACCGAUAUAGGCGAUAUUUGUUAACAGGAGUUCCCAACACUGGAAAUUGGGGCAAAAUGCUAGCAAAACAUAAGAGUUAACAGACCAGUGACAGAAAUGUCAUCACAAUAGUCGAGGGUUGAAUUUAGUUAAUUUAAAUAUCAUGAACUAAUUGAAUGAUGGAAAUUGGAAUUACAAACCACCAUAUCAAAGUUCUAUUAUGGAAGGGAAUCUUUCUGACAAACAAACCACAGUUUGGCUUGAUAGAGAAAAGGAAAUUUUACAUGUAAAAGCCAGAAUGAUAUUUAUUGGACUGCCAAUACAUGCCGAUAUAUGUCAGACUCAAUGUGAUCGGUCGUGAUAACUGACCUUCAUGAAAGGUUAUGGGCUUCUACCGACUAUCGAUUAAUUUUUUAUUAUAGGCUCAUUCCUACAAACUAUCCGAAUGAAGCAACUAGAAUUGUGUGAUUUAUAUAUACUGUCUGAUAUUUUCUCGGUAGUAUGCAGAUUGUUCAUUUUAAUGGACAGCCCGCAUAAUUGGCCUAUUUUUGACUUGGCAAAAUUGGUGAUUUUUUGCAGAGGCAAGACAUAACAUCCUCAAUAUAUAUGCCUUGGCAAUUGACGAGUGCCAAGGAGAAUUACGAAGGCUGAAGAGAUUAUCUAUCUGAUUGCUAUAUUUAAUUGCAAAUGAAUUAUCAGAAGAACGUUUCUUUGUGGAAAUUUGUCUUUAGUACAAUAUAUUAAUUUUGUGCGUCUCUUUUUGACAAGUAAAAUCAUCUGGUGUAGACAAAGCAAAAUAGUAAAGCAGGGUGCAUUGAGGUGUAUUUCAGCUUGUUAAAUAUAUUUUUGAAGGCUGAUUACAAUAUACUAGAUAAUUUGUUUUUAAUUAUUAAUUUAAAUGCAUGAAAUAUAUCAAAACAAGUACAUGGAAUUAUCAUAUUCAGACAGCUGUCCGUUUGCUUACCUAAUGUGUGUGUUUCCUUGUAGGUUUGCAUUGUGAUAACCCAUCAAACUCCAAUGUUCCUAAUGCUUUAUUAGUUUAUCCUGCCUGAUGACUUCACUUGUCAAGGGGAGAAUGUGUUUGAUUAACCCAUUAUUAACAUUUCCUAAUGUCCCCAAUUUUAUUUUCUUACUCUGUUUAAUGCCAGGUGAUUUUACUUGUCAAGAGGAGAAUGUUGGCAGUUGGCUAUUAAUGAGUUAAAUAUUAUGCUUGUGAUGUUACUCUGAGUGUAAUUAUCCACACAGGGCAAGCUUGAAAAAUAUGCCUGACCAUGGUGGGAAUCGAACCUACGACCUUUGGAAUACUAGCCCAAUGCUCUACCAACUGAUUCCAAAAGUGAUAGGUUUGAUUCCCACCGUUGUCAGGCAUAUUUUUCAAGCUUGCCCGGUGUGGAUAAUUACACUCAGAGUAACAUCACAAGCAUAAUAUUCACCUGAGUACAUUACACCAACACAGAAAAAUCAUGAAUUAAAUAUUAUUUUAGUUUGGUGAAAACACCUUUUGAUUAUUAACUCAUUGAGGGCCAGCACUCUCCUCUUGAGAAGUAAAAUUGUCUGGCAUUAGACAGAGUGAAAUAAUAAAUUAGGGCACAUCAGGGCGCAAUGCAACUUCAUGGGUGAAGUCUGCAUCAUCAUUAUGAUGUCAUUUUCAUUUCUAGGUGUUUUACAAAAGAUCCAAGGUUAUUUCAAUAUAAAUCAUGGUUUAGCUGGAUUACUACAAACUGUAUUUAUUGUUAGCUAUAUGAUAUUUGCUCCAAUAUUUGGUUAUCUUGGCGAUAGAUACAGUCGCAAGUUUAUUAUGAUCUUUGGUCUCUUUGUGUGGUCUUUGAUGACAUUUUGUAGCACACUCGUUAACGAAAAUGUAUGUCCUAACAUAGAUAGCUCUCAAUUUCUUGUAUAUUUUCUUCUAAAAAUAACCCCAAAACAAAUACUAGUGACAUACAGUAAGUUUGUAUGUAAGUGUUUGAUGCUAAUUCAUGCAUCAUUUUCAAGUUGAAUUGAUUUACAUAAGUGCAUUUUAGGCCUGUUUCAAACGUCGCGCUUCUCAUAUGCUGAACACAUUAAGAACAAUAGAUAUAAUCAGCUGAAAUGCCUCGUUAUCUAUCGUUUCUAAUGCGUUUGGCAUUGAGAAGCACAACGUUUGAAACAUGUCUUAUAAUGAAACAGUUCAUGUUGCAUUAUUGGCAAAUGAGAUAAUUAUAAUAAUGAGAUAUUCUAAGUGCAAUUAGAAUAUUACUUUAAAUACUAAAAUUCAACAAUAAUAUGCAAUUAUGUAAAUUAAUUAAUUAGCCAUUCCGAAGUUGAUGAGAGGACUGGGGACGAGUGUUAAAAAGUGCCCAAAUUAAGAAAUGAACCAAAUCACUAAAAAGACCACCUCAAAAUUAGUAAGUAUACAAAGUUUGAAGACGUUUACAUGAAUACCCUUCGAAUAAAUAAUAAGCUUUCGAAAAUCGUAAUAUUUACUAUGAAAUGUACUGUAAUUUUUGUUUUUGGGGACUCACAUCCCAAAAACAGUCUUUUAAUCUGCAGUAAUUUCACAAUUUUCGGAAGCUUAUUAUUCGAAGGGUAUUCAUGUAAACGUCUUCAAACUUUGCAUACUUACUAAUUUUGAGGUGGUCUUUUUAGUGACGUGGUUCAUUUCUAAAUUUGGCCACUUUUUAACACUCGUCCCCAGUCCUCUCAUCAAAUUCGGAAUGGCUAAUUCAACUUGAAAAUUAUGUGGGCAUUAGCAUUGAAACAUGAUUGUAAAAUAAAACUUAUAUCCCUUGCAUUUGUUUCAAAAUUAAUUUCAAAAAAGUGUUCAACAGACACUUCACUAACAAAGACACAUUGAUGUGUCCCCUUAGCACUUGUAUUGGGGAGGCAUUCUGCAGUUAAUCUUGCAAAAUUUUUUCCACCAUAGCAAUAUUGGCUUUUCUUCACUUUCCGAGGACUUGUGGGUAUUGGCGAGGCAAGCUAUUCAACCGUUGCCUCGACUGUGAUUGGCGAUCUUUUUAUUGCUGAUCAAAGAACAAAAAUGCUGGCAUUGUUUUAUUUUGCUAUUCCAGUUGGGAGGUGAGAAAUAUAAUUUCCACAAUGAAAAAUGAAUAAAACAAAAAAUGAACAAAACAAACAAAUAAAAAAUGAAUAAAACAAAUAAUGAAUGUUUUUAUUCGUGCAAUGGUAAGAAUAUUUUCACUGGUAAGAAUAUUUUCAAUGGUAAGAAUAUUUUCACCUCAUGAAAAUAUUCUUACCAUUACACGAAUAAAAACAUUCAUCUGUAUACUGUAGUUGACCAUCAUGCAUCUAGUAAACCCAUAUUGUUCAAUUUUCUCAAUCCAGUGGCCUUGGUUAUGUUGUUGGUUCAAAAGUGUCAUCAGUUGCUGGUGGUCAUUGGCAGUGGGGAUUAAGGGUAAGUUCCAGUCAAUCCUUGGUUAUUGGGUUGCUUAGUCAAGUUUUUGCUAACUUCCCGCUGAAAGGCAUUCAGUCGCGAUGUCGAAGUUCUCCUUGUAUUUAGUUUCAGGUAGUUGCACCCUUUUACAUUUUUCUCUCUAUUUUCAGGUGACACCAAUUUUAGGAGUGUUACUGAUCAUUCUCUGUGUUAUAUUUGUUGUUGAGCCUGUACGAGGGCAGAUCGAGAAAAACCAGGGGCAAGGUGAAGUCAUUGCUGACGAAGGGGUCAUCAUUCGUCAUUCAUGGUUUAACGAUGUCAAACAUAUCCUACGAUGGUGAGUGAUAAAAAUAUAUGUAUUUGUUGAGUACUUAACAUAUAAAAUUUAGAUUUAAUUAAGAGGAGAUUUUUUGUAUGUUACGUAACACGCACUCAAAACUAAUGCGUAUAAUAUAUCACUUGAAGUUAUGACUAAAUUCAAAAUUUUUAUUUUUCGAUACGUUUCUCAAUCGGCAAACAAACUUAAAAAGUAUGUUUAGUGUUUUAUCUGUAAAAUAAUGCUAAAAUGAAGAGAUUUUACGAUGAUACGCCAAAGAGAAAAUGAUGUCUGAAGUUCAGUAAGUUUUCCUUAUAUGGCUGUAAAUAUGGCGUCAAUUUUAAAGCAACAUUGACAAUUGUAUUUCAAUUGACAAUUUUUAACUAUUAUUUUAUGUUUCUCAAAACCGGAAGAUGCAUUUAAAAAGGUAGCUAACUCUAUAAACUAGAGAAUAAAGCUAAAAACAAAGUAAUUUUGAGAGGAACGCCAAAAAGAUUUUAGGUUUUGAACACUUUUCAUUGCAAAUACGUGACAUUGAAAAAAAAUUGCCUCUUACAGGUAAACUAUGUGAAGCGUUCCUCUUUUGAGUUCCUAAGUUGAUUGCAAUUUUCGUCAUUACCUUAGCAAAUUUGAAAAACUCCCUUGCAAAUCCCUUGAGGGAAUUUGCAAUAUUCGUAAGAGCAAAAUAAAUUUUCCUCAGUUCCUGUUAGAAGUUCUUAACUUCCUGUUACAAGUUCCUAACUUACUGUUCUGUUCUGUGCGUUGCAAUUGGCCAACAAAAAUAAUCCACCAAUGAUAACGUUCAGAACAGAACAGGAAGUUUGGAAAUUAAAACAGGAAGUUAGGAAAAUUUGAAAGGAACUUUCUUUGCGUUGGAAUAUUGCAACGGCCGACAGGAAAAUUGCAAAUUCCCUCAAGGGAUUUGCGAAGAGUUUUUCAAAUUUGCAAAUCUAAUUUUGAAAAUUCCAAAUGAGUUAGGAACUCAAAAGAGGAACGCUUCACGUAGUUUACCUGUAAACUUUUCUGUGCAUAUAAUAUACGUACUAUUGUGAAAAAACAGGAGUGCUUUAUCAGGUAUAUAACACGAGGCGACAGCUGAGUCUCUUAUAUCUGAUAAAGCACGGAUGUGAAUGUUUUAAAUGGCUUAAAAACCGACCUAUCUCAACGUUGUCUAAGCCGAGAAAAUCAAGACUAUAGUUUAUGCAACUUAACGUGAUUUUUUAUCACAUAUAAAACCACCAACACGGUGGUGAUUUCCUUGUAUGAAUUAUUGAACUAAUAUAGCUAUCCAACAAAUAUAAAUUAACCCAUUGAGCCACAAUGCGCCCUAGUUAUUUUUUUACUUGUCUAUCGCCAGACGAUUUUGGUUAAUGUGUUAAAGUAGUUUGGUUUAGGUUUCUGCUGUAGUAACGCUGGAGUAAUAGAAUUAUCCAAUUCGAAUAAUUAGUUUGGGCUUCUUCAUGUUGUAACAUUGGAUCAAUACGGACUUCCAGGGAGAACAUUUUAGAGUUUUAAUUAGUUUAUCUUUUUUGCAAACAACAUUUUCAUUUAUAUAUUUCUGUAGCAAGACAUAUAUUUGGACCACAGUUGGUUUCACGAUGAUGUGUUUUGUGACUGGUGCUCUGGCUUGGUGGGCGCCGGAAUUUGUGGCUUAUUCACAAUCUGUUUAUUAUGAUACGAAAAUUACGGAGAAUGACAAGUAAGGUUUUGAUAAUUAAUGACCCCACACGCAAAAAUCUCACAUCUUGUAGCAAGUCAGGCUGCCAACAAGCCGUCAACAAGUCGUGUUCACACUGCUUGUCCCAAGUUGUCAACAAGUUUGGAACAAACUGUUAACAACUUGUAACAAACUUGUUUAUCUUGUCAGACUUGUUGCAAGUUUUUUUUGUGUGUGUUUUGAUGUUAUGUACAAUUGUAAGGUUGUUACAGCAAGUCCGAUACAGUCAAGAUAUAACAAUAUUGUUACAACCUUGUGUGGUCAACCUUGUAACAUUCUUGUUAUAUCAUGACCGUAUCAGACUUGUCAGAACAACCUUGUAACAAGUCUGAUAAUGCCAUCAAGCUUGUUACAAGUUGUUAACAACUUGUCCCAAACUUGUUCGAACAACUGGGAACAAGCAGUGCGAACACAAUUUGUCAGCAGCUUGUGAACAGAUUUGUGACAACUUGUUUACAGACCUGUAACAAGUUGUGCGUUUUUACGUAUGCAGAAACAUCAGCCUGACAUUUGGUGGGAUCACGUGUGCUGCAGGAUUCAUUGGCGUUGCCUUGGGAGCGGAGCUAUCACGUAGAUAUAGAUUACGUUAUGGUAAUUCUGAUGCCUUGGUCUGUGCACUUGGUCUCCUGUCCAGUAUACCAUUCCUGUUCUUGACCUUGGUCUGGGCUUCCAAAUAUAUCUAUGCGUCAUAUGUAAGUAUGUUGAAUGAAAUACAGAAUUUUUUUCGCAUCUCACUCGAUUGAAUAAUAUCAUAGACGGAUUUUCAUAUUUUUUACUGGGGUGGUGCCAGAAAUUUUAGGGGGGUGAGCCGUGAGCAGGUGACUGAAGCAACACAAAGUGUCACCAAACCCCAGUAAGGUCUGUAUUCUAGGGGUGGAGCACUAGAGCCGCGAGGGGGAGUCUAGAGAGCAGAAAACAAAGUAUCCCUGGAAAAAUUUGAAAAAAGUCAUGAUUUCUAGCUUCGUAAAAAAGUUUUUUGAAGUUGUCAUAUCAAUGACAAUGGUUUGGCAUGUCCAAUUGUCUGUUGAGACUUGAGAGAGUUAAAGUUAAAUGAAUCUGUAAAAGUGUAAACCCAAUAGGCCAAUACACAAUAUGCUUUUACUUUUAUAAAGUCAUUGACAUUGUGUCGUUUGAAUCCGAGUACAAUUUACGAUGCAACUCCGAUGUAAAUAAUAUUUGAGGCGUAAAGAUUAAAUCUAGGCAAGUCUAUUUCCUAAAAGAAUUAAAAACUAAAAAUAAUGUUCGUAAAAAACUCUAUUCAGGGGAGAUAAUAGAAUUUCAAAACUUUACAAUUACUCCAAUAAACCAGUGAAUGCAAGCGAGGAGCGUUUAGCUUCAGAGUGUUGCACUGUCUUUUUCUAUUUGAGUGUACUCCUACAUUUAUUUUGUAUCAUUAACACUCUGCACGUUGGAGUGGACUAUUUAAUUAUUUUUUAUUAUGCCGAAUAUUGGGGGGGGGGGGUUGAAAAUUUGUUGGAGGGGUGGAAAUUUUUGUUUGGGGGGGUUAUAGCUAAUAUUGGGGGGGGUAGCACCCCCCUGCACCCCUCACAAAAUCCGUCUAUGUUGAAUAUAUACAUGAACUUGGGGUUAGAACUCGACAACUGGACUCUGAAGCUCAGUCGGUUAGAGCUUGAGAUCCGGGGCAAAACUUUCCAAGGGACCGCCCUCUAUGACAUGAUUAUGAUUAUUCAGCACACUCGCCAUUGGGCUUUUCAGUGGCCGUUUACUUCAAGUAUUAAGCCGGUUCUCCACUAGGCGAAUUUGUUCGCGCGAACAGUAAAAAAGUAGGAACUGAUCCAACUUUUUCGCGGCGAAUUUUUUCGCUGACCAAUCACAUGACCAAGAUUUAUUUUUCGCUUCGCGUCGCGCGAAAAAAUUCGCCUAGUGGAGAACGGGCUUUACACUUACUCAUAUUACUUACUAAGCUUAGACUAUUUAUUUUUACAACAAUUGUCAUAUUACUUUCCUAACUAUGUUUAUCCUAACCCACCCUGUCAACUUAUAAUAAUAAUAAUAAUAAUAAUAAUAAUAAUAAUAAUAAUAAUAAUAAUAAUAAUAAUAAUAGUAAUAAUAAUAAUAAUGGAAACUUUAUUUAUUGAUUAUUAGGAUAUAUACAACUACAAUGAUAAACCUCGCUUUACAGGUAGUUUAUCAAUGUCUACUUGAAUUGAUACUAUAUAUUUAUUGUACAAUAAUUAUUUUAAGAAGGAUUAUAUUAACAUUAAUUUUGGGUUAAAAUAAUAAUAAUAAUAAUAAUAAUAAUUUAAACAACAGAAAUCUUUAUUAAUAACAUGAUAAUUUAUACAAAUAUAUCACAUAAUUAGACUUUCAAUUAAAUCAGGAAAAUAGAGAAACAGUUCACUAUGUUAGACAGAUAGGUCCAUUCUCUACACUUUGUAUCAAUAGUAGCUAAUAAAAAUUCAGUAAGUCUGGAUUAUUCCACGGCUUGUUUCUUCUGCAGUAAAUGUAGAAUGUUGCUCUCAGAGCUACCUCCAUACAUUUUUUAAUAAUACGUUCGUCGUUCAUUUCAAGUGUUCGUAACAAUCUACGAAAUCUGUCAAUAUCUUUCGACACAAACCCUAGAGUGGUUACUUCAAGUGUAAUAACUUCAAACGCAUAACACGCCGUGAUCAGCUCAGAUCUUAGAUGUCUGUAUCUUUCUUUAAUAAUAAUUAAUAAUAAUAAUAAUAAUAAUGAUUUAAUCAAUAAGAUCCACGAGGUGGCUCUUCCCCUAUUGAAACUACAUACAGAAAAAUUUUAACUAAAUGUAAAUAUAUGUACAAACUUAGGUAAUAUAGAAAAUGAAUAUUUAGAUAAAAAUGUUAGUGCAUAUUUACAUUAUACGAGACUUUAGUACAGCCCUAACUUUUGUACAGAAUUGACUGUAGUCGUAUAUAGAUCUAAUGUCAGAUGGUAGGCUAUUGAACAGUUCGGAUGAAAUGUCUUGGAAAGUACCCUUUUCCAUGGGCCUAACCAAAUUUAAGCUGGUACUCGAGCGUAGGCUGCGAGCUGGUUUAUAUAGUUCAACUGCAGCAUACUUCGGCCAGUUCUGUGAAUAAAUUGCUUUAUGGGUGGCUUUGAGUAGGUUAAAAUCUCUACGUUCACGCAUCGGCAGCCAGUUAAGCUUUAAUAGAGUUUCCGCAGAGUUCACAUAUUUUCCGGUAACAAAACUAGCUGCCGAAAACUGGAUCUUUUGCAGCCUACUUAAAAGGUAGUCGGGGAAGAAACCCGAAAAGGUAGUCGGGGAAGAAACCCGAGCGCCCGGAGAAAUUCCACGACUUUCGGCAGAGCGUUGACUGACUCCUUUCACAUGAGUCCGUAGCGAGAAUCCAACCUACGAUCUCAGAGGUGAAGCGCUUGAUCAUAAUUGUAAAUUGAGACAAGCAGUGUUUUAGGAACGUUCGGUAUGAGAAAUUUCCGGUAUCGGUAUACCGAAAAAAUUAUACCGAUAUUAUCGGUAUACCGGUUUUCCUUUGAUAAUUACAAAGGAAAGUUCUUUAAUGGAAAUUUGAAGGAAAUUUUGAGUAAUUCUAAAAGGAAAAACGAUAAUUUCGAAGCUGUUUCGAACAUGUUUCGAACGACACGUACUCAGUGUAAAAAUUUCACUGAAGUGGAAAUUCUAAAUCAUUGCAGUAUAGAAAGUUCUUUUAAUUGCCAUUCAGUAGUAAAAUAAAGGUUAUGGUUUCGCCAUAUAGUUGGUAAAUUUAACACGGUAUACCGAAAAAUUCCGGUAUAUCGGAAAUUUCGGUAUAUCGGUAUGGUUGAAUAUCCGGUAUCGAUAUACCGAUAUUGAUUUAAUACCGAUAUUUUCGGUAUAUCGGUAUACCGAACAGUCCUACAGUGUUUUACAUUAUAUUGCACUUUACUGCAUGUUGCCCAGCACUAAUGCAGUUAGCAUUUAUAUUCAAGCAUGCGUUGCUUUGGGGGCCCCUUUUGACCUGGGGGGCCGGGGGAAAUCCCCCCCCCCCCCUACCCUCCUCUGUCUCGGUGGCUCUGUCUAUAUCAAACACGAAGUUUAAUUGAUUCACCACUCCAUUGUUUGUUCGUAGAUACUAUUGUUUUUUGGAGAGACAUUGUUAUUCAUGACUUGGUGUCCUGUAGCAGAUAUAUUGCUGGCGGUCAUAUCACCGCAGUAUCGAGCGACAGCAUCCGCCUUGCAGAUCUUAAUUUCACAUUUAUUCGGAGACGCAGGCAGCCCAUACGUUGUGGGAGCGGUGAGUAGAAUAAUUUCAUGCAAGGGCUGAUUUUCAUUUAUUUAAAAGGAGGGGUAGAGGUAGAAAUAUUUCUAGUGGGGUGCAAGCGGCACCACUCAGUGACCUUCGGCAGGGGUUAGUUAGGCAUUUGGGUUAAAGCCUUUCACACAAAAUAGGAGUGGUGAAGCGAACUUUUGGUGGGGUUGAACACUUUAUUGAUGGGUUAGAGAGAUUAUAGGGAGGUUAACCCCCCUAACCUCCCCAGUAAAUCCGCCCAUGAUUUCAUGUACGUUGUAAGGUGCAGGGCAGAACCGGGAAUUUAACCCGGGGUUCAAUCCUUGUUCGGACCUCUACUCAAGGUCUUAAAAUAACUGAGGAGAAAGUCAGAAAGAGCUACCUCUACAUUGACAUCAUUACACGGUUACACUUUCGCG